CCUCACCGACGUUGCCCUCACCUGAACUUGAACUGAUGAACUUCCUGCCUUGUAGUUGUUUGUAUGGUGUUUAGGUACUUUGGAGUCUCAUCUUUCUACAGGCUAGGCACAACAUUCAAUUGUUUUCAAGGGCUAUUUUCAUCUAAGGCAUAGUGCGUGAGCCGAGCAUUCGCGCAGCGCAGGUAGACCACAGUUCCGCCGCGAGAGAGGGCUCCUAUCAGGCGUGCAGUGCCGCCCACAGAACAUCCUCCAUUACUUUUAAUCUCCUUGGUCUGGGGGAAAAGUGUGUCUUGAACUUUCACCCCAUAGUCAGGGCUUGCAGAGCACAAAGAUCCUCCACUACAGUUUUCCCAAUGGAUGAUUUAAGCAUCAGCAGUAAUAGUUGCGGUGGUGGGGGUGGCUGCGGAGACUCCAUCAAGGACACAAAAUGUCGGCUCAGUAGUGGGGAACACACGGCACUGCUUAUUGCUAAUAUUGAGCGCAUGCGCGCGGACACGAGCUACUCUGACCUUGUCAUUGCCAUUGAUGACCUAAAGUUCCCAUGUCACAAAGUGAUUUUAGCUGCUGGGUCUCCGUAUUUCAAGUCUAUGUUUGCCUCAGGCAUGGAGGAGAGCCGCAAGCGAGAGAUUGAAUUGAAACAGAUUGAUCCAUUGGUGUUUGGACAAGUCAUACAGUUUAUCUACACAGGAAAUGUGGAGAUCUCUUCCACGACAGUGCAGGAUCUGUUCACCCAAGCACAGUUGUUUCAGAUCAACCCACUGGUUGAGUUAUGUGUUCAGUACCUGGAGAAGUCAAUGAGUGAAACCACAUGCCUGGCAGCCAUGAUGUUGGCCGACUCACACGGGCACGCUCCCAUGUACCAGUUUGCCCUAUGCUUUGCCUGUGAGCACUUCCAUACGGUCAUGUCUGACGAAGAUUUCCUCAAGUUGUCUCCCGAGUGCAUAGUGGAUCUGUUGAAGGAUCGUAGACUCAAGUGCUGUUCAGAAGAGGAGGUGUAUGAGGCAGCUGUACGGUGGCUGGACAGCGAUAUCGAUCAACGUAAGAGCUACCGGUACCAGAUUCUAUCUUGCAUCAAAUUCGCGCACAUCUCGCAGAGCUACCUCAUGGACGAGGUGAUCAAGGCAGGCCACCUGUCUGAACACCAACGUGGCAAGGAGCUACUGGAUGAGGCAGUUCUCUAUCACACUGUGCCCUCGCGGCGACACAUGCUGCCUUCUUACCAGGUGACCCCUCGUUAUUCCUUCCCCUACUAUGAGUGUGCUAUCCUGCUGGGAGGUCGACUUCUUGAUGGACUGAGCAACGACGUGGAGUGCUAUCGAUCAGAUGUUCAAGAAUUCUCACAGCUGAGAACUCUGCCCUUCAAAAAACGCAAUGAAUUUGCUGCUUGUGUGGUUGGGGAUGAGAUUUAUGUGUCUGGAGGUCUUCGCAGCAUCGAGUUCUGGAAAUAUGAUCCUACAUUUGAUACAUGGUUGCGCGGUGCAAACAUGCUUGUAGCAAGGCGACGUCAUGCUAUGGCUGCAGUGGAUCAUGCAAUUUAUGUUCUUGGUGGUUUUGAUGAGGAUAUGGUUCUGGAGUCGAUCGAAAAGUGGGAGAAAAAGUCAAAUAAAUGGGAAGAAACUGGUCAGUUAUCUGUGGCUGUGGAAAACAUGGGCUUCGUGGCAUAUGGUAAACACAUUUAUCUGUUCGGUGGCAAGAACAGCGAGGAGGUGGUGACGAAUAUUGUUCAGUGUUUUGACACAACGACUAUGGUCUGCUGCAUCCUGCAGAAAUCUCUCCCUGCCCAUGAUAUGUGCCUUAGUGCUUGCGUUCUUGAUAGCGCCAUCUACGUGGUUGGCCUUGAGGGAUUUUUCCGCUAUGUACCGCACCAGUCAGAGUGGGAACUGUUGACAGAUAUGAAUCUACCCAGGGAUUUUGUCAGUUUGGCUGUCUUGGACCAGAAACUGUUUGCCUUUGGGGGCAGGAGACGUGGGGCAAAGGACAAUCUAUACUCUGACGCUAUUGAAGUGUAUGAUCCGCAACAAGAGAAGUGGGAAACGGUGGGCACAAUCCCAGUACGUAUGUAUUCAUAUGGAUGUGUACGCAUUCUCCUCAGUCAAUCCAGAAAGGGACAGUCAAGUAUGUAAGAUAAGUUUGAGUGCUUUGAUUUGGGUAGUACAGUCAAACCUGCCCUGACGGCCACCUGUACAAACGGUCACUUUCCAUUUCCCCCCUUGCGUUUUUUCG